AUGGUUGAAGGUCUUGAACCCAGAGAAAAUCCAAAUGUAGUUCCCUCACCAGUGAUUGAUGAGCUGAAGGGAACCUCAAGACCAACCAUCAAGAGAAAAACCAAUGUUAGAGGUGUUCUAUCAGAGAGCUUUAAGUAUCGUCAUAAUUUAAAUUUAUAUAGAGUAAAAAAGCACCAAAAACACGGACAUCCAAUCUUGCCAAAAGAUGUGAACCAAGCACAAAGUAACGCGGACUUUCAGCCAAACGUCCAGCACAUUGUAAUUUCGGACGAUGAUGAAAAGGAUAUGAACAAGGGCGAGAUGGAUGAACUAAAUGAAGAAACGGAUGUUCCACUGGAUCAAAACGAAGUGGAAAUGAGUUGUACACCUAAACCAAAUGCAGUAAACCAUUAUAUGUAUUCUUCUAAUUCCACAACCAAUACAAGCAAUGCAACAAAUAAUGCAGUACACAAUGAUAUUUUAAAUGUAGUUAAUAACAGUGUAACUGGAAUCACCAACUCUGGAGGUGGGACCAGAUUAGUUAAAAAGGAGAUAACAAAACUGGGCAGACUGGAGCUUCUUGGUAACAUUGAGAAUUACGUCCACGUAAAUUUCUCAAACUAUCGUCAGUUCUACGACCGAGUUGGCCCAAUAAGGCUCACAAGUCCUCUGAGCGAAGGACUUAAGAGCAACCACGUGGAUAUUAGCCUGUGGAAUGACCCGGGCACACAGCUUAUAUCCCAAAAUUCAUCGAAGAGGAAGGUCUAUAACAUCUAUUGGCUCCCAAAAAUCUUUUCAAACAUCGCUCUGAGAGCCGCAAUAAAACUUGUGGAGGACUGUAACAUAAGAGAUGGGAGGAGUAUAAAGAGGGAGAUUGAGUGUCACCUCUACAUGUACCAGAGGUUUCAAGCAUUCUCCAGGUCUAAGAACUCUUCAUCUUUGAUACUACAGGAUGACUGGCCAACUGUUGAGAUUCUAGGUUACUAUCUGGACAAGAAAGAUCCAGGGCAAUCAGUGUUGAUAUCUAGGAAAUUAACAGGUCCUGACUUCUUCUACAUCAUAAGGUCUGAGAAUAACAGUAACUUUGCAAAGAAAAUAACACCGAUCUACGAGUUUAACAAGCUGGAUUGGUGCAUUACAGCACUCAACAGGAUAGCACAGUUCGCGUCAGUGGGAAUACGCCACAACGACAUCAAGCCAGACAACAUAGUUCUCGACGUGUACUUUGACCAGGGCGUUAAGAAAGUUGAUGUUAAAGUUAUUGAUUUGGGGGCUGCGAGUAUGGAGAAUACGAAAGAGUUCACAGGAGGAACACCAUGGUACGAGUCGCCAGAGCAGAAGUUGUUGGAGUACUACACAAAAAAGAACAGAAAUAAUGAGAUGGCGAGCAAAGUUACCAUAGAUGUGAGUAGUGACGCCUGGGGAGCAGGCCUGUCAAUAGUAGAGGUUUUAACAGGAAAGAGAGUAGUGGAUUACAUCAAGCAGCCGUAUGGAAUAGGAUUGCUGAACUUCAAGGGAGUACCAACUGGAUCAAACCCAUUCACAGACUCCAAUGAUGAAAAUAUUGGAGUUAACUACUUGUGGUGGAACGUGGAUGAGUACUGGGAAGUGAGCCCUGAGUUGUGGGUACGGGAAGCUAAAAAGGUGCUUGGAUUAACCUGCACCAAAUGCAGCCCAGCCAACGGAGCAGAGUCCUAUGGUAACACAGGGGAACUCUACGAAAACAUACAAAUUAGCCAAAGAACUAAUUUCGAUAUGAGCACUGGGAGAGAAGAGUUUCAGGAGUUCUACUUUUGUAACAUUUGCAACUCAAGGUUCGAUGGGAACGUGAAGGAAAACAUCUGCAAGACAGUCGCAAGAUACGUGUUCAAUAGUCUGGUUGUUAUCGACCCGAAGAGGAGGAAAAAGGUCCAGGAAGUGUCAAACCAGCUGAGACUAUUUGUUACAAAAGCAAUAUCAUACUACUUGUAG